AAUAAAUAUUAAGAAGAAGAAGAAGAAAACGGCGACGACUCCUCCGAAUCCGAACGGGUUCUUUCCGCUUUUCGAACAAUGAUGUCUUCCUGAACCCGCUAGCUGGAAAACUGUUAUGCAGAUACGCACAGAAUAGGUUGUGUUUAGCACUGGUUUGAUGGAUAAGGCAAUUUUCUAACGAUGCGAGCUUUUCCAAAGCUGUGAAACGACCUAACCAAACAGAACACUAAGGAAAAUUUUCGGAAACCGCUCACAUCCAACUGUUAGCCUGUUUCGAUCUCUAUAAAGAUGCCUGAGGUUCGGGACCUUUCUGAAGCUUUGCCAGAGAUGCCAAUGGACCCAAUCACUGGAGUCGGAGUAGUAGCUUCUAGGAAUAGAGCACCAACUGGAUAUGAUGUGAUUUCAACAACAACAGAUGGCCUGGAUGCUGACCUGUGGAAAGAUGGGCUUUUCAAAUCCAAGGUGACCCGAUACCUUUGCUUCACCAGAGUUUUCUCUAAAGAAAAUAGCCAUUUAGGUAAUGUUCUUGUGGACAUGAAGCUGAUUGAUAUAAAGGACACUUUGCCUGUGGGUUUCAUCCCAAUCCAGGAAACUGUUGAUACUCAGGAGCAGGCCUUCAGGAAGAGGCGACUCUGCAUCAAAUUUAUUCCACGGGACUCCACAGAGGCAGCCAUCUGUGAUAUCCGCAUCCUGGGACGCUCCAAGCAGGCACCUCCUCAGUAUACCUUUAUAGGAGAGCUCAACAACAUGGGAAUCUGGUAUCGCAUGGGAAAUGUGCCUCGGGCCCAGGACUCCACACACACACAAACCAUCAACAACACCCAGAAUGUGAAUUCCUCCAGCUCAGGAUCAGCCCCACCAGCUCCCAUGCCUAAGCAUAUUUCCAUGACCCUCCCUGCCAGCUUCAGAGGAAAAAAUACUACCAGACCAGACUAUGAGCACCAGAACUCCAACCUGUAUGCUAUUACAGCAAUGGACGGGGUGCCUUUUAUGAUCUCUGAGAAGUUUGCCUGUGCCUCAUCUGAUCUGCAGCAGGUGGAUCUGAUGGGUAUUACAAUUAAAUCACUGGCUGAGAUUGAAAAGGAGUAUGAUUACAGUUUCCGCACAGAGCAUAGUGCAGCGGCUCGCCUCCCCCCAAGCCCAACACGGACCUCUCUGAGUUCUGAGGCCUAAGCAUCUCUUAUAUGAACAACAGUCAUCUCCACACUAUAGACAGCAGCAGGAGAGAAGUGCACACAACUACUGAGAACAUACCUACAACGGGGAUAUUCAAUCUGUAAAUGAGAAGAAAAAUUCCCAUCAAAAAUUGUGGAUUUUCUAACUUCUGGGACAUGUUGUAGGCCCUCUGUGUGCUGUUGAAAUGAAAAGGAAAUGGAAAACAAUGGAAUUCAGUCAGACUUAAACUUCUACAUGGCAGAGCUGGGACAAGAAAACACAUUUUAUGCUCAUCGAGAUACUUCAGUAUCUCAGUCGAAUGACUUCAAAAAUACAUUUCUUUUGUUAAGUGAAGAAUGGUCAAGUGUUGUAUUGUGGUGGAAAACAAUAACCCUGUCCCAUCUAAAGAUCUUGUUAGAAAUAAGAUAAAAGGAUCACACGGUACUUUUUUUCAUGGAGGACUUCUGUUGCAUCUCACACCAGUCAUAUUGCCUUUUUGUUUAUAACAUGCUCUGUUCUGAAUCAAAGCACACCAUAAAGGCACUUGGUGUGUCAGAAAAUUAAAAGAAAACUGUGAUUUUAAGUUUUGUUGUUGAGCUUGUACUGGUCUUCUUGAUGGGGAAAUGCUUCUCAUUGUUUUCUAGAUGUAUUGCCAUUUACUGGUGUGACUGUGAGUGCACUUUUGUGUUCGAGAUUGUUAUUGUGCUUCCUGAUUGCUGUAGAUAUUCUGUAAACCACUUCUCUUUCUGUGAGGUAGCAGCUUGCUCGACAGAACCAUGACUACAGCUAAUAUUCACUGUGCGGAGUAUUCACAUCAAGAUUUUCUAUUUAUACCAUACUCUAGUACCUUACUUUGCAUGCAUAUAGAUAUUUUAUUGAUACAUUUUUCCACUGAAUGAGUAACAUCGAGCAAACCUCACACAUUUUAGCACUGAUAAUUAGUCCUUAUAUCUUGACAAUAUCAUAGCUAUAUUCAUCGUUUUCAGUUUCCUUCAUCUUCAUUGGUGUUAUAUCAGAAAUGGAUGCUAUAGUAAAAGUAUAAUAUCGCAAAGAGUUUUAUUUUAGUACAUUUGUUGUGGGACGUGUGUACAGAAUUUUACACUCCUGGUCAAAAGUUUUAGAGCACCCCAAUUUUUCCAGUUUUUAUUGAAAAUUAUGCAGUUUAAUGUCUCAUUGCACUCUGAAAUGAAAGCCUAGUACAAAUAAGCAAUUGGGGUUUUAAAAAAAAAAUAUCAUGGGAUCAAUUUAUAGACUGUAUGUAUUCCGUAUUCUAAAUUUUUCACUCAUCAAA